CAUCAGCUCAUCUGUGAAGGCAGUGCAAAUAAUGGAACCGCAACCCAUCUAUGAAAACACUGAAUGCAAAAUCAAGUCAAACAAGAGAACACAGAGUGAAGAUGACUAUAUUUAUGCUAACGAAGAGACACGUGGACCUCAAAAUAUGAUUUGCAACCAGACUGAAUCAAAACCUAAGAACAACAAAGGAAGUAGAUGUUUUGUGCUGAGCGCAGUGUGUCUUGGGCUCAUUUGUGUUCUCCUGGCAUCUGGCAUUAUAAUGAUGCAUGUCAAGAACAAGGCAGAGAGAGGAAAAAGUAAUCUGAGAUACAGAGAUGUGCUCAAACAGAUCAACCAAACAACAAACAUAUCACAGGCCAAAUACAGUGAACUAACUGCUGAGAAAAAACAGUUACAGAACAACGUUGACUCUUUGAAUAAGAAGAAUCUGGAUUUGGAGAGCAGAGUUGUGUCUUUGAGGAAUGAACUAAAGAAAAAUGCUCCUGAACGAGUGAAAGCAAACGGGUGGCACUGGUACUUCAUAUCCAGUGAGGAGAAGAGCUGGUCUGAGAGCAGACAGUUCUGCAGGGAUCGUGGUGGAGAUCUGGUCAUUAUCAACACUGAAGAGGAACAGAGGUUCAUUACUUCACUCUUCAAGGAGAUUGUGUGGAUUGGUUUAUCUGUCAUCGAGAAUGAGGGCAAAAUGAAAUGGGUGGAUAAUUCACCACUGAAGAAAGGGUUUUGGAAGCGUAAUGAACCGAAUAAUUUGGGUGGAGAUGAAGACUGUGUUGAUCUGAAUCCUGCAUUACCAUUCCUGGAAAACUGGAAUGAUCUUCCGUGCUCAGUUAGGAGAAAAUGCAUUUGUGAGAAUUAGCUUUGUCAUGGUAAAAACUUUCCGUUCUGUCAUUUCUCACAGUGUUUCCUAUCAUUUGUGACACUGUAAUUGAAAAUUCCCUUUUUUUCCAUGUACAAUUUGGCUGCUUCGUUUAAUUGAUUAUUUUUUAUUUUUUUGUCUUCAUUAAUUCCAAAAUUAUAAAGAAUGUUUGAAUUAAUUUUGUUGAAAUGUAAACGGUUAAUUUUUUCUACAAUAUUAAUAAAUGAAUUCACAGCAGAAUUUAUCAUGUUAUAGUUUACAAUUUACAUUUGCAUUUAGUCGUUUAGCAGACGCUUUUAUCACAAGCCACUUACAAAUGAAAACAUAAGCAAGUCAACUUUCAAAAUGAAAAGAUUGUUGAUAUAAU